AUGAGUAGCGACCCCAUCCGUUUGGCGGUGGCGGCAAACGCGCAGGACAACGCGCGGGCGCGGGUGUUUCAGCGGGGCAGCGUGGCGAAUGUCGUCAGUCCCGUUGUUGGGAAGGUGCCGCCGAAGACCACCGUGCCGCCGAGCGACUGCCCCCCUCUCCCUAAUGAGGGAGGCGGGAACAGGGAGUGCCUGGCGUCACGCAUCACACCUUGCCCGCAGUUCGAGCGGCUGCGUUGUGCGGCGCAGGAGGACCGCCAAGACCGAGUCCUCCGGCAGCUGCAAGAGGUGAAGCGCGCCACGGAACUGAGAGAACGGCAGACACUUCUGUCGCAGCACGUGUCGAUGAGCGACUAUUACGCCACGCUCUUUCGUCCGCCCCAGGCAGGCGUUUCCGCCACGGCAAACGCAUCGGCCUGGCCUUCAACUGGGUCUUUGUGCGCCCGCCAUGUGGCGCUGAAUGACGUGGAGGAGUCUUUCAUUGCGUGCUACUACCGAAUGCACCCCUCCGCGCUGCAACGCAAGAAGGAGGCGGAAGAAGCAGAGGUCCAACGGCGGCAAUCCGUACUGGCUGCAGCGCAACUCUCCUUCUUUGCCGGCGAGUCUCCAGGCUCGCAGAGACUCACAGCGCAGCGAGGCCCAAAGACUAUUGGCAAAAAGAAGCUGCGAGGGAAAGUAGAGGUAAAGCCAAAGGAGGGGGCGCCAGCGGUAAAUCUCCGUAUUCUGCUGGUUGCACUGUUGGAGGCUUCCGAUGACAGAGGCCUUGUUACGUGCGACGCCCUUGCUGCGGCACUUAAGCGUGCGCCGUUUGACGUGCACGAUGUGGAGGCCAUUGAGUCAUUUUUCCUCCUUGUGCGAGCUUCAUCUACGGCGGUGGAAACCGGGGAUAGUGAAACAGAACGCCGUCUUGAUAUAUCCAACAGCGCCAGCAUCGUUGCCCCACGCGUGCUACAGCAGGGUACGUCUCAGCGCAUGUCAACGGCAGGGCCAACAGGCUCACCUGGGGGAUUAGGACAUCCCACUUCCCUAACGAGCACUGCAACGUUGCUGACAAGUGGGCGUCGCUUGGCACAGGGUCUGGGUGCGAGUCAAUCCAUUCACCGCCGCACCCUUCUUACCCCGCAUACGUCGAAGAUUCCCGCUGCGCCUGUGACCCCAACCGGCGGCGGCGGCGGAGGCCCUGUCGCUGUGACGGAGUGUGCUCCUCCUUCAGUGGUCCGUGCACGUGAAGUACUGGCUGCGAUAGAUGCCGUCAUCAACGGCCCUGAGCUGCGCGACGCGGUGCGGUCACUCUGCUUUGAUGUGCUGGAGAGCGACGGGUUUAUACACAGGGUAACCCUGAGAACCCUGCGCCUCGUGCGUCGCGAGGCCUGCGAGGAGAAGGGCGCGACGGUGACACCUUCCAUCGUGAAGGCACUUGGUGAUGCGCUGGAGAUUAUGUUACAGGAAGAGGAGGCGGAGUACCUACGCUCACAGACGAAAGGAAAGCGCCGUGCGAAGGCUACCAAGGCGGCUGCGCUGCUUCCACACCAAAAAUCCGCUGUUCCGCUGCACAUGAUGCGCCGCUCGCACAUCAACCUAAAGGAGUUUACCCGCUUCUUCGAUGAACUUCCAAUGGUUGCCGCGGCCUUCACACAUGUGUGGUUCCCCGCACUUUUUUCCACGAGCCGGUCCUCUCGAAAGCGGCCGACGACCACCGGGUUCAACGAAGAUGCUCCGCCGGACGACGAUGACAACGACAACAACAACAACACGGUGGAAGGCACAUCGGAGACGUCAUGCUUUCAGCACGGCAACAUGGCCCGACGGGUGGUGAUGGAGCGACUCAAAUGUAUGAAACCCGUUUCCGCCUCUGCAAGUGAUGGGACGUUGCAGCGGUAG